CAUCCGGUUAAAAACGAUGAUGAAAAGCUGAAAAAGUCUCGCUCCGCCGCUCAUCACAAGAACUCUCCCGCCUGCAACAACUUCAGUGUGCGAAGAAACUUUGCCCAACUCUUCCCUUCUUUGGCAACUUACGGAAGGUUUCUCUAGAACUUGGAAAUUAAUUUGUAAGUGGGAUGGCUCUGAGAGGUGUUUGGCAACUCCAAAAGUUGAUUGUGAGCUAUUGUGAUUGGGGUGGAAGCAGUCGGGGUAUCAGGGCAUUUAUGGAGUCUUAUUUGCCAGCAUUUAAAGAAAAUAAUCCUCAGCUAGAGGUGGUUGCUGAAGUCAUCCGUGGUCAACAUCCACAUUUGAAGGGCUUUUACCGGAACAAGAAUCAGCGGGUGAUAUGUGUGAAGAAUCUAAACCCGGAUGACAUACUUCUACAUGCAACCAGGCUAAGGAAUGCCCUAGGAAGAAAAGUGGUCAAGCUGAAAACCAGACAUGUAACCAAGCACCCCAGUGUCCAAGGUACAUGGACAACUGACUUAAAACUUUGAGGCCCAGGACAGAUGGUAUGACCUUUAGUUGUGGUAACAGAUUGCGAGUUUGGCUGUAUACCAUUCAGCAAAAGCAUGCACAUUUUGCUCUUUCUAUGGUAAUAGCAUUCUACAUCACGGAGGUGUUUAUUAAUAUAUUUUGCCAUUUGUAGGACGUAUAUUAAGGAAACACUUCACUCUUUUAAGUUUUACCUCCAUAAAAUAAUAAAAAUGAAUUGCCAGAAAAGAAUUUGGGUA